UUCCUCUUUUGCCUUAAGUUUGCUCAUCUGAGGUCUGCUGGCAGCAUGAAGCCGUGUUCUGUGUAAAAUGGACCCUGCCGUCUUGUUCAUCGUUACUUUUGCUGUACUGCUGGAGGUCCAGUCGGCCAGACACUUGGAUGUAUUUCUCAUUGCUCAUGGGAAGAGUGGAUUAUGUCUGUUCCCAGACAGCUUGGCAGUAUCAAUUGGGAAAUGCAAUGAAACCAAUCUCAUGCAGCACUGGACCUGGAACCAGAACCAUCAACUAGUGAAUCGCCAUACUUCUGACUGCCUAUGGGUUGACACCAACACUUCUUUCCCUCACCACACACGCCUGGCUAGGAUGAAGGAUUGCCAGACUGCCCCAGCAUGGACGUGCUAUGGUGAUAUGAAAUGGCUUCAGGUUUUUAACAGCUCUCUUUACCUCACAAAACAAGCCAACAGAGUAAUUGCCAGACAAGAAAAGAAAUAUUCAAACUGGAUCAGAUAUGAAGUUACUUCAAGAAGAAAAAUGGACACUUUGUGUUCUUGGGAAGGUCCUGCUGGUUCAGAAACAACUGGAGCCUUUCUUUCUUUAGAUUCAGUCAUAAGAGACACAUCAGUCACCAACUCAACUAAUAAUUCUGCAUCUUUAGACAGUCUAUUAACCAAAGCUAGCACAAUAAGAAAUACUUCAGCAAAGACAAAUACUGUCAUUGUGAGGUUUAGAGACUCCACAAGCAUUACUUCCUCAAAGGCUAUUGCUAGUUCAUCUCAAAACAUCAGUGUAACACAGAUUAAUCAAAUACAUAGUGUUCAAAGUACAGCACACAAAAAUAGUUCUGUGUACACUACAAAUACAACAGUAGUACCCAGUGGAAAACAAACUAAGGACCCAUUCAAACAAAUAACAGCAACAGUCCCUGGCAAAAACGAUUACAAAGCCAGCAAAGCAAAGGUAAACUAUACUCUACAGAAAAAUAAUAUAAUCCUUACAAAAAGCAUAACAGUAACUCCUGCCAUCAAAUUAGUUAAUGGAUCAUUACAGAAAACAAUCAAAGAGCAAUCUAACAAUACUGAGCAGAAAACCAGUGUAGUACAGACUACCGUUAUGAAGCAUAAGUCCAAUAUAGAACAAGUGAAUUGGGAAGCACAGAAAACUAGCAAACCACAAGCUAAUGACACAGUAUCGGUAAUUAACACUGCAGAGAAUAAUGAACCAAUUCAGAAGAGAGGCAGAACACAUCAUCCUACCCUGGUACAUGAACCUAGCAGAGAACAACUUAGGGAAAAUGCGCAGAAAACUGAUUCAGCACAUCUCAAUGGCACAGUUAGUAAAUCCAGAGCAGAACACAGUGAGAAAACUAUGAAAAUCAGCAAAACACACCCCAAUUUGACAGUACACGAACCAGCCAUUGAAGAAAUUAAAAGGGAAAUGCAGAAGAACAAUGUAGUUUACCUUCAAAAUGCAGUAUGUAAAUCUGGCUCUGACCACAUAAAUGGACAAAUACAGAAAUCUUGUAUAACAUUCAAUAAUAUCACAAAAGAUAAGGCUAGCACAGAAGACAUAAAUAAAAUAAGAAAGAAAGCUAGUUUAACACAUUUAAAUAUGACUGCGCAUAAACCCAGAACUGAGGAACCAAAGACAGAAAUACAAAAGUACAAUGUAACUCAGUCAAAACUAACAGUAAGCAACACCAGUGUUGAUGAGGUGAAAAGCAAAAUACAAAAAACCAACAUAACACAACCCCAACUAACAAUAGAAAGCCUUGGCACUGGAAAGAGUGAUGGAGCUACACUAGAGCCUAGUAUAAUAGUCUCAGAAACAGCAAGAGAUGAAUUCAGCUAUGAACAGAUUAAUAGGAUAAUGAAUAAAACCAGUUUAACCCAGUCUAAUAUGUCAGCACAUGAACCUAGUGCUCAAGAGAUAGUUAAAGAAAUUAGAAAUAGCAAUACAACUCAACGUAAUAUAAAAAUGGACAAACCUAGCUUCGGAAGAAGUAAUCAGGCAACACUGAAACCCAGCAUAAGAUACUAUAGCACAACUGAUAUGCCUAACAAUGAACAGAUUAAUAGGAUGAUAAAGAAAAACAGUACUGAACAGGCAAAUAAAGACAUACAGAAAAGCAACAAAACACACCCCGACAUGAUAGGAGGCAAACAUGGCAUUGCAAAAAGUAAUGCAACAAAACUGGAAUCCAGUAUAACACAACCAAAUGCAAUAUUAGAUAAAUCCAGUAAAGAACAAAUAAAUAGAAUAGUGAAUAAAACAAAUUUCACAGAUUCUAAUGUGACAACACAUAAACUCAUUUUUGAAGAAAGUAAAAGGGAAAGACCGAACACCAAUAUGACGCUGUCUAAGAUGGAAGUGCACAAAUCCAGUAUUGAAGAGGUGAAUAGAGAAAUGCAAAAAGGAAAUAUAACUUACAAAAAUAUGACAGUAGACAAACUCAGCAUUAUAAAGAGUAAUGGGACAAUACUGAAACAUGGAGUAGCACACUCUAGAACAACAGCAGGAAACAACAAUGAAAAAUCUAACAAAGUGAUAAAUAAAAACAAUUUAACAUAUUCUAAUGUAACAGCACAUGAACCCAAUACAGAACAGAUGAAAUGGGAAAGAGUGAAAACCAAUACCACAAAGUCUAAGAUGACUAUAGACAAACCCAGUGCUGAAGAGAUGAAUAGGCAAAUGCUGAAAAGCAAUGUAACACACCCUAACAUCACAGAUAAACUAAGCAAAGGAAAGAACAAUGGAGCAACAUCGACACCAGAAGUAGAAGACCCUACCACUGAACAAAUUAAUGGGUUAAUAAAAGAAAACAAUUUAAGACUUUCAAAUAUAACAGCACUUAAACCUAUAACUGAAGACUUGACUAGGAAAUUACACAAAACCAGUAAAGGACAGUUAAAUUUAACAGGAGCGAAAUCCAGCAAUGAAGACAUGAAUAAGGAAAUGCAGAAAAACAAUAUAACACACCCUAGCACAACAGCUUAUGAACUCAGAACUGGAAAGAGUAAUGGAUCAACACUACAGCCCAGCAUAGCAACAGAUAAACCUAGCACUGAACAAGUUAGUAGUAAAAUACAGAAAAGUACUGUAACACUUUCUAAUAUAACAUUAGAUGGAUCGCAUGCAGAGAGAGUGAAUAGCAAAACACAGAAAAACAGUAUACAACAGUCAGACAGGCAAAUGUAUAAACCCAAAUUUGUACUGAAUAAUGAGACAGCAAUGAAACCAAGUGGGAAACAAUCUAACUUAACAUUACAUGAAUCAAAUGUUAAACUGACAGGUGGGACAAUGGAGGAGAUCAACAUGCUAGACAUUAACAGUACAAUACUUAAUUACACCACACAACAACUUAAAAAAGGAAUACAAGAAAGCAAGGGGGCACUUCUUAACAUGACAGUAUAUAGUGAUUCUAUAAAUAAGACUGUUAGUUACACCAAGAAAUCUAAUGUGACAUACAACAACACUCUCUUUAACUCCAGCAUUUUCCUCUCCAGUAGAGGUGUGCAGCAAACCUCAACUCCAUUUCCUGCAAUCACAGAAAAGAAAUCCAAUGCAUCACAUAUUAUUGACAUAACACAUACUGAUGUUACAAAACAGUCAUAUGAUAUGAAGAUACCGGUUCAAGAAUCCACCACAGCUCAUUCCCUCAUCCUAGAACUGAAUAUGGAACAACAUCAUAUGCCCAAAAAGAAAAGCGGUAGUGCACAUGAUGACAGUGCCAAAGAAUUUCAGAAGAUUAUUGUGCAGAAAAUAAACAAAACAUCAAUAAUCAUGGUACCAGAAAUUAAUGGUACUACAGCAUUGUUUAACACUCAAAAUAGUACAGUACCUAAAACUAAUAUGUGGCCGAAAAACAAUGCAAUUGACAAAAACUUCACAGCAAAGAGCUCUGGUUCCAUACUGAAAAGCAAUGGACUCUCUCAAAGUACUAGAUUAGGGGCUAAUAAUACAACAUACAGUAUAAAAGUGGGAAGUGACGCCAUAGAUUCAGCUAGCACAAAACUCAGUAAAAAUACACAUCAUAGCAGAAUAGUUGUAACACCAACUAAUGAUCCAGUUCAUAAAGCCACAAAAACUAUUGCAGCACAGAUUAACACUACAAAGCAUGUACUUAAAGUAGGAAUGAAAAGCCAGAAUUCACAAGUAAAUAACAUACUACAGACCAGCAGGACAGAAGCAAAAAGUGGCAUAAUACAGACUCAGAAUGAUGCAAAAACAAGAAGUGUGGGGUCAAAAAUCACUACAGAACAUAAAAUAAGUACGAAAAUGCAAACAAGUACAUCACCAAAUAACAGUACAGCACACACAAUCAAUUUGGCACCCACAAACAAUAUCACACACAGUAUUAAUAAGGUUCAGAAGAACAGUACAACAGAGACAAAAAGACCAACGCUAAAAGCCAGUACAGCUCAAACACAAAAUCGAGUACAGGCUGAUGGCACAAUUCUGAAGGGUAGCCCGGUAAAUAUCACAAUGAGCCAUGGACACCAAAGCAUAUCACAAAGAUUAUUCACCACACCCGCAGCAAGAGUGUUUAUACCUACAAAAAUCUCACAAUAUAGAAAAGUACAAACUAACAUUAGCAUCCUCAAGCCUAAAGACUCUAGAGCCACCAGUACAGAAAGCAGCAACAUCCUUCAGACAUCCUCCUCAACAACUCCUAGAGAAACAUUGUGGUCAACUCUUUUGCCCACCACAUAUACAACAGAAGAGAUCACCACUACAGAAGCUGUACAAUGUACAGUGAACUUGACCGAGACAAGGACUACACCUGAGUCAGUACAUGUGAAAUGGACCAGCCUAGGGGCAUUUUGUAACUUCAGCAUCAUCCACCAGAAUAACAGAAGCACUAGUUGUCUGCAUGUUUUAGAAGGCAAUGGUUCCUAUGAUUGUGAAGUUAAGAACUUGGACCCUGGCACUUUUUACAACCUGAUUAUAUUGUCUGCUGCUGAUGGAGAGUUUGCAAACAUAUCCAUUCAAACAGACCCAAAGGAGCCUGCGUCUUUCAAGAUUAAGAAUGAUUCGUGCACAAGUACAAGUCUGCAGGUGGUAUGGCCUCCCUCUCCAGGAUACAUAGACUUCUAUAGUGUUACUCUGCUUGGCUUAGACACAAGGGAGGUUGAAAGUCAAUAUAUUUCUCAAGAGUCUUUGAGGACUUCAGUUACAUUCACAAAUUUGACACCUGGAUCUCUCUAUGUAAUGAGCAUUAAAGCUGUGGCAGGAAGCAAGAGCUCUGCUACAUUAAGUACUAUAGGGAUAACAGUUCCUACAGCAGUGAAGAAUCUGCAAGUCAAUAAAACCCCCAGAGGUCUGAUUGCAGCAUGGCAACAUCCUUAUGGGAAAAUCGAUAAAUACAGGCUAGUGCUGAGGAAUGACACCACUGUGGUACAAAAUGUGACGGUGAACAAUUCAAGCACUGAACAUGAGUUCACUGGAUUGAUAUCUGGACAUCUUUAUAAUCUGACCAUUAUUUCACUGGUUGCAGGCCUGCAGAAUUACAGCUCUAAGCAAGCCAGGACAGCUCCAGCUACAGUUUCAAAUCUGAAAGUUUCCAAUAGUACAUUUGACUCUUUACAAGUCACUUGGACCAGAGCCCUUGGUGAUGUAGAUUCUUACUCUGUGACACUCUCCAGUAAAACUACUCUGCAAAAGUGGAAUUUAUCUCGAAGUGCAUCUGAAAUUUCUUUCCAAAAUCUGGUUUCUGGACAAAUUUACUUUGUGAAUGUUACAACUCAAAGUGGAGAAUUGCAGAGUGUAGCUGCCACAAUAGGGAGAACAGCCCCGCAGACAGUGUCUCACUUACAACUUGUUAGCCAGCCAGGACAAGCUGCUUUGUUGCUGAAAUGGACUCCUCCUGCUGGAGAAUGGGAGAAGUAUCGUAUUGUGUUCUUCAACAAUUCAGUGGCUUUACUAAACAUCACUGUGGAUAAACAGACCAGAGAGUAUGAGAUCAGGAGUCUAGGCCUGAUUCCUGGAAGAAGCUAUCAUGCAGCAGUUAUUGUGGAAAGUGGUGGUCUCACAAGCAUUGCAAGAUGUUCUGGGAGAACAGCUCUUCCCCCUGUUGAUAAACUAAGCAUUAGGGACUUUAAUGAGUCUUCAAUAUCUAUAAAAUGGACAGCACCUUUAGCAGAGUGGGAUGAAUACCAUCUUACAUUGAAACAUGGGGAGCACACAGUUAGCAAAAUGAAGAUCCAGAAAGAAAUAAAGGAGCACACUUUCAAUAGUUUAACACCUGGAAGGAGAUACACUAUAAACGUAACCACUGUCAGUGGAGGGAUUAGCAACUGGACUACUGCUGAAUGUACAACAGUUCCAGCUGCAAUCGUCAAUCUAACUGUUACUAACCAGGGUAAAACUAACAGCCUAUAUGCCUCUUGGGCUGCCACAUUGGGCGAUGUUGAUUCCUAUCAGGUUAUUCUAUUGUACAAGAGCACAGUGAUCAAAAAUGAGAGUCUCCUGGGGAACAGCAGAUCAUGCUACUUCCACUCAUUAAAGCCUGGAAAGCAGUAUGAAGUUGUGAUAACUGCCAUUAGCAGAGACAUACCAUCACGGCAAACUGUGGCUAAUGGGAGAACAGUUCCGGCUGCAGUUAACCAGGUGAAUGUUAGCAAUCAGGGAAAAAGUGACACCCUCCAUGUCACAUGGCUGCCUGCACAAGGGGAUGUAGAUUCCUACGAAGUUCUUCUUUUGCAUGAUAGCAUUGUAAUAAAAAAUGAAAGUGUGCCUGGGCAUAUCACAUUCUGCUACUUUCAGUCAUUGAAACCUGGAGGACACUAUGAAAUUGUGGUUACUACCAUAAGCGGGGGAAUUCUUUCUAAGCAGACUAUGGCUAAGGGAAUAACAGUUCCUUCAGCAGUAACUCAAGUGACAGUAAGCAAUAAUGGACACAAAGAUUCCCUUAGUGUCUCCUGGCAGUCUGCCACAGGGGAUGUGGAUGGGUACUUAGUGACCCUGAGUGACUGCUUCGGUGUGGUGCAUACCCAAAUGGCCCUCAAAAGCAGUAAUAAUCUUGGUUUUAAUUCUUUGGUGCCUGGCAGACUGUACAACAUUUCCAUUGCUACACGGAGUGGAGCAUAUGAGAACAGUACAUUUGUACUAGAGCGCACACGGCCCUCAAGUGUGGAGUAUCCUAUGGUCAACAACUUUGCAAGACGUGAUUACCUCAAAGUUUCCUGGCAAAGUGUCACUGGGGACUUUGACUAUUAUCAAGUAGUCAUUAAAAAUAGCAGUGACAUUAUUCAGACUGUCAAUGUAUCUAAAUCCCAAAAAGAGUGUGAAUUCUAUUCACUGGUGCCCGGAAGGCUGUAUUUCAUAAUUGUUAUUACAAAAAGUGGGAGGUAUGAAGCAAGCCAGACUACUAAUGGCCGGACAUUUCCUGCUCAAGUGGAAAAGCUGACUGUUGCAAAUAGGACCACUGAUUACCUGCUUGUACAAUGGCAGCCAGCACCUGGUGAUGUUGACCACUAUGAAAUCCAGCUUCUGUUCAAUGACAUGAAGGUGCUUCCACAUAUGACUCUGAGCAACACAAUUAAAGAAUACCAUUUCACCUCCCUUGUCCCAGGAAGGUUGUACAAGAUUGUUGUGACAUCCUUCAGUGGGGAGCAGCAGAUGACUGCAUUUAUUGAGGGACGCACAGUUCCAAGCACAGUAAAUAAUAUCCACAUUACCAACAAUGGGGAUAUGAAGAGUCUGAAAGUGAACUGGACUCCUGCUAGUGGAGAUGUGGACAGCUACACUGUAACAAUUUCUCAGGAAAGAAAACAAAUUGCUGAACACAUCAUUUCCAAGCACAUUAAUGAACUUAGUUUUAAUUUGUUAGAGGCAGGCCAGAUAUACCUUAUCACUGUUCAGACCAAUAGUGGAGGUUUAAGCAACAGACGGACAGCCAGCGGAAGGACUGUUCCCUCCCCAAUUAUGGACCUGAAAGUGGAAAACAUGAAUACAAGUUAUAGCCUGGCAGUGAGAUGGAAGGCUGCUAUAGGAGUGGCAGAGAAUUACAAUCUGCAGUUACUAACUGAACAAGGUGGUCUCAUCACUAAUGUAUCUGAGCCUGCCACAACCUUGUAUUCCCAAUUCACUAAUCUGAUACCAGGGACAAAAUAUCGUAUACGAGUAAUGACUGUUAGUGGAGGACUAUACAGUAAAAGUGUGGAGGAUGAAGGAAGGACAAUCCCUGCAUCAGUUAGUAACUUGAAAGUCAUUGGAAAUAGCACUAACAGCUUGACAUUCAGAUGGACAGCUCCUGCGGGGGACUUUCAGGCAUAUGAAAUAUUUCUCUACAAUCCAGAUGAAUCUCUUCACAGCCAAAAAAAAGAACCUGCUAGUCUUAAGGAAUAUUCUUUCCAAGGGCUACUUCCAGGAAGGAGGUAUCAAAUGAUUAUUAUGACAUGCAGUGGACAUUUUACCAAUCAGUCUUCAGUGUAUGCAAGAACUGUUCCAGCUCCAGUGACAACUUUGCAAGCCAUAAACCACAACAGCAUUAGCAGUCUCUGGUUCACAUGGGAAAAGGCAAUUGGAGAUGUUUCUGGUUAUCAGAUUUCUCUUUACAACCCUGACCACAGUCUGAAAGAUAGUCGUCAAGAGAAGCCAGAUGCUAAAGGGUGCCGCUUUGAUGGACUUGUUCCUGGGAGGCCAUAUACUAUUGUUAUUGCAACUAAGAGUGGAGACCUUUCCAACAGUGUAACUGCAGAGGGAACAACAGCCCCUCGUCCUCCUAAGUCAGUAGCAUUUACUGAUGUUGCAAACACAUCUGUGGUGAUCACUUGGUCUGCUCCUGAAGACACAGAUUACAAUGACUUUGAGUUAAAGUGGUGGCCCCAGGACCAGCUGUCUGUGCAUAACCCUUACACAAGCAACAGAGCAGAAAGCCGUAUUUUGCAUGGCCUUCAUCCAGGUCGUCUCUACAACUUCAGUGUGCGCACAGUCAGCAGGAGCACAGUAAGGGACUCCAUGAAUGCUUUCAGUCAACCCAUCUUCAAAAUCAUCCGAACAAAACCAGAUCCCAUUCAUCAUCUUCACUGCUGGCCUCAGAACUCAACUGCCAUUUCCUGCUCAUGGAAUCACCCAGAAUCUGACUACAGUGGUUUUAACAUUGAGUGCUAUCAGGACCCCAGAGAACUUAUCUACUCACGUAUAACUGGAAAAGAGAGUAAUAGCCACAAUAUUGUCAAGCUAGAGCCACAUAAACGCUAUAUUGUCUCCAUCAAAGUCAUAUCUGAUGAAAUGACAAGUGAAGGUUUAGAAGAGAGAAUUAUCACUAUGAUAGACAGGCCUCCUCCUCCUUCACUCAAUAUGCGAGUGCAGGCUCAUGACAGAGUGGCAGGGAUUACCAAAUCUGCAAUCUUUUUUAAAUUCAACUGCAGCUGGUUUAGUGACAUCAAUGGAGCUGUGAAGUAUUUCACUGUAGUUGUGGCUGAGUCCAAUGAAAAGGAGCAUUUCCGGCCAGAACACCAGCACCCUUUGCCUUCAUACAUGGAGUACACGCUCAACAGUUCCAUUAAAGCUUACCAGACCAAUUACUUUCCCAGCAAAUGCACAGAAAAUCCAGACAACACCAAUCAAAGCUUUGAAAUAAAUGUUGGGGCUGGAAUGCAGACCUUGGGAGGAAAAUGUGAAGGGGGUCAGCUGAAAUUCUGUGAUGGUCCCCUAAAGUCCAGUACUGCCUACAGAAUUAGCAUCAGAGCAUUCACACAACUGAGUAAUGAAGAACAGAAGACGUUUACCCAGACUCUGUUUUCAGACACCAUUUUCUCUGAACCAAUAAUAACAAAGUCAGAGCCACUACGUGGAGUUUUAGAAGGAAUUGGUGCUGGCAUGUUCCUUAUUUUAAUGCUGAUUUUAGUAACGGCAUUGCUGAUCUGUCGUCAAAAAGCUAGGAAAGUAAAUGUACAAGAGAGGCCAAUUGCCAGAAUGAGUGCUCGACGAGAGAGGCCCGUAUCUGUUAGCUUACACUUGGGAAUAAAAAGCAGUCGACGAAUCUCCAGUCCAAUUAAAAUUGAGGAGUUUGAUAUUCAUUUCACCAAACUUCAGGCAGAUUCAAAUUAUCUUCUCUCUGAAGAAUAUGAGGAUCUUAAAGAUGUUGGACGAAACCAGUCUCUAGACACAGCACUUUUGCCUGAGAACCGAGGGAAAAACCGAUACAACAAUAUACUCCCAUAUGAUUCCACCAGGGUCAAGCUAUCAUACAUUGAUGAUGAUCCAUGUUCAGACUACAUUAAUGCCAGCUAUGUACCAGGUAAUAACUUUCGGCGAGAAUAUAUUGCCACACAGGGUCCUCUGCCAGGUACAAAAGAUGACUUUUGGAAAAUGGUCUGGGAACAAAAUGUGCACAAUAUUGUUAUGGUGACCCAGUGUAUAGAAAAAGGACGGGUGAAGUGUGAUCAUUAUUGGCCUUUUGAUCAGGAUCCUCUUUAUUAUGGAGACCUUAUUGUUCAGAUGUUAUCAGAAUCAGUUUUACCAGAGUGGACCAUUCGGGAGUUCAAAAUUUGUAAUGAGGAUCAAGUAGCUUCUAGCAGGGUGGUACGCCAGUUUCAUUACACUGUCUGGCCAGAUCAUGGAGUUCCAGAAACAACUCAAUCUCUGAUCCAGUUUGUGCGAACUGUAAGGGAUUUUAUUAAUAGAACCCCUGGGUCUGGAGGAACAGUAGUGCAUUGCAGUGCCGGUGUUGGUAGGACAGGCACAUUCAUUGCCUUAGACAGAGUGCUACAGCAGCUGGACACCAAAGACACAGUCGAUAUUUAUGGAACAGUCUUUGACCUGAGGCUUCACAGAGCCCAUAUGGUGCAGACAGAGUGUCAAUAUGCCUACUUACACCAGUGCAUCAGAGAUGUUUUGAGAGCACGAAAACUUCGGAAUGAGCAGGAAAAUCCACUGUACCCCAUCUAUGAAAAUGUUACUCCUGAAUACCACCGAGACAUGAUAUAUUCAAGACGCUGAAGAACAAAAUGGGAUCCUCUCCAGAAAGAAACAAACAGCUACAUCCAUUCAGGCAGAGUUUUCACUAUAGGAGUACUACAGAGAAUUAAGAUAAUUCAUUUAAAGAGACUAUAUAUUAUUUAAAUACUAUUGUUUAUCAAGAGUCAUGUAAAUAGUUAUUUUUCAUAUUAAUUAUCACAUAUUCUGUUUACUGUAAGAAAUAAGCUAUCUUCAUAUUUUGCACAUAAUUGUUAGAACUCCCUCAUAUGAUUUUUUAAAUCUUGUUUCUUCAACUAAAUGAAAAUACAUAUUUGAGUUAACCUAUGUGGACAUCCUUUAUGAGGCAAAUGAACUUUGAACUUAAAAUUCAGAAGAAGAAAGAAAUGAUUACACUCAACAUAAAUCAGUCAGUCUUUUAUAGCUCAUAUGCCACAACGGAAAACAACAAGAGGACAGUUCAGAGCAAUUAAAGAGCAAAGUUUAUUACUAGGUGUUACAAAUCCAUGGUAUCCAUACUGUAUGUAAACCCAGCUUGAUCAAACAAUCAAACAAUAAUGUUCCCCAGAUCAAAAAUAUAUAUGUAAGACAAUAUUUAGAAUACGGAGAAUCAUAGAGUAAUAUCUCCACAGACGUCCAUUCAUUUCUUAGCAUAUCCAGCAGUGCUUUCUCCUUUCUUUGUCCUUCCCGCAGAGCAUCAGAAUGUCCCCAGUGCUGUUUUACAACACAUAUUCAUUACUGCAGUCAUUAUUCUUUCCUUUCUCUUCUGUUAUCUCACGUUAACACUUUUCGAUUCAAUCCUGCUUUUGUUUUCUAUCCAUGCAGUUCUUCGGCCAUCCUGAGUGCCAGUCUAAUUCGUAGUCUUUUAUUUCAAACCAUAGUGUGGCCCACAAUUCAUCUUCUGAAAUGCUUCAGUUAUCUGCCCCCUGAGCUCUGUCAUUUUUCUUUCCCAGUACCAAACUGUUCUUAACUUCAGCCAUUCUUUAAGGUGGAGCAUAUAAUAAUAAUAAUAACAUUUAUUUGUAUAGCACAUUUUCAUACAAAAAAGUAGCUCAAAGUGCUUUACAUAAUGAAGAACAGUAAAUAAAAAAAAAUAUAACAACAUAAGAAGUUAAAAUAAGACAAUAUUAGUUAACAUAAAAAAAGAGUAAGGUCCGAUGGCCAGGGUGGACAGAAAAAACAAAAAAAAUUCCAGAUGGCUGGAGAAAAAAAUAAAAUCUGCAGGGGUUCCAGGCCACGAGACCGCCCAGUCCCCUCUGGGCUUUCUACCUAACAUAAAUGAAAUAGUCCUCUUGUGUCUAGGGUUCUCAUGGAUGGACUUGAUGAUGAUGGACAUGCAGACUUCUGGCUUUUAAUUCUUCAUUGUUGGAACAUCACGGUGCUUUGAGUAGAUGGUGGUGGUGCAAGCCACCACCAAAAGGACACCGGAAAAGAAACAGAAGAGAGAAUAGGGGUUAGUACAGAUUUUAGAGCUACCAUGGAUAGUUAUUAUAAUGAAUUGGAUAUACAGAGUAUCAGGAUUAAAUUACAGUGAAAUUAUGAGACGGCCAUAUUAAAAUAAUGUGUUUUUAGCAGUUUUUUGAAGUGCUCCACUGUAUUAGCCUGGCGAAUUCCUAUUGGCAGGCUAUUCCAGAUUUUAGGUGCAUAACAGCAGAAGGCCGCCUCACCACUUCUUUUAAGUUUUGCUCUCGGAAUUCUAAGGAGACACUCAUUUGAGGAUCUGAGAUUAUGACCUUGGUCCUGUGAAAUAUUAUCUUGUGGAUCAAAAUUAAUAUCCUGCAUGCUUGUAUUUUAACUAUACCAUGAUCAUGAUUACUAUAACAGUGUGUACUCAAUAAGAAUAAAUUGAAUUGAAAAUAUAAAGUAAUAGUAAAUAUAUAUGUUACCGGCAAUGUAUUAAAACGCGGGCAUUGUAUAGAAUGCCUAGGCAAUAUAUAGAAUUCCUGGCAUUUUUGGGCAAAGUAUGAAAUAUUCGAAUCAUUUUAAUAUUAUAUAUACUUUCCCGGGCGGCACGGUGGCGCAGUGGGUAGCGCUGCUGCCUCGCAGUUGGGAGAUCUGGGGACCUGGGUUCGAUUCCCGGGUCCUCCCUGCGUGGAGUUUGCAUGUUCUCCCCGUGUCUGCGUGGGUUUCCUCCGGGCGCUCCGGUUUCCUCCCACAGUCCAAAGACAUGCAGGUUAGGUGGAUUGGCGAUUCUAAAUUGGCCCUAGUGUGUGCUUGGUGUGUUUGUGUGUGUCCUGCGGUGGAUUGGCACCCUGCCCAGGAUUGUUUCCUGCCUUGUGCCCUGUGUUGGCUGGGAUUGGCUCCAGCAGACCCCCGUGACCCUGUGUUCGGAUUCAGCGGGUUGGAAAAUGGAUGGAUAUACUUUCCCUAGGCAUUGUAUGUAAUACCUAGGCAUUAUAUAAAAUGACAAAUGCUAUUUAGGCAAAGUAUUAAAAGAGAUUCAUGAGGAAGCAUUUUAUUGAAAAGACGUAUAUGAAAAUGAGAGAGAUACAAAAUAAAGUAUAGGACUUUCUUAUUGGGGAAAACGAGAAAAUAAAAUAUGAACCUACUUGUUGCAACGAGGAAGGAAAUUUUUUUAUUUUAAAUUGCACUUAAUUGUCUUUCGCACAAAAAAGUAAAACUUGAAAAGAGUCAUGAAAAGGACUUCAUUAAAAAUUGCAUAAAUGAAAAAGAAAAUAUUAAAUAAAAUACGUGGGCGGCACGGUGGCGCAGUGGGUAGUGCUGCUGCCUCACAGUAAGGAGCCCUGGGUUCACUUCCUGGCUCCUCCCUGUGUGGAGUUUGCAUGUUCUCCCCGUAUCUGUGUGGGUUUCCUCCCACAGUCCAAAGACAUGCAGGUUAAGUGCAUUAGCGAUUCUAAAUUGCCCCUCGUGUGUACGCCCUGUGGUGGGCUGGCGCCCCACUCGGGGUUUGUUUCCUGCCUUGUGCCUUGUGUUGGCUGGGUUUGGCUCCUGCAGACCCCCGUGACCCUGUAGUUAGGAUAUAUGGAUGGAUGGAUGGAUAAAUAAAAUACAGAACUUUCUUACUGAAAAAAUAAGAGAAAAAAAUGAACGUACUUGAAUGGCAUUUCAUAUUGCAUUUCAUUGCUUUUUUGCAUUAGCGGGAGUAUUUUAUACUUUGCCGGUUUGUCUUUUGGCAUUGCAUAGAAUGCCUAGGAAAGGUGUGAAAUGUUAAUCGUUUCAUACUUUGACAUCCAAUUUUUGGCAUUCUAUACAAUGCCUGCCUUUCAUAUAUUGCUGGUAACAUAUACAUUAAAAAAACAAAAACGUUAGAAAUAACAUCCCAUAGUUGAGUUAUUGUGUCUAAAUUCGUUUUUUCCUGAGAGGGCCCACCCCAAACACACACCAUUUACCAGUUGGGAUGGAAUGCCUAAAAUUAAUAUUAUCCCCCUUCUUGUCUUCUGGAUGCUCUGCUGAACUCUUCCAAACAAACAGAAAUGAUUGUCCUCAUCUAAAGUCACAAAUGGAAGCCUGGUGUUCUUGUCACAGUGCACUAUGUGCAAAGUGUAUUAGAGGUCUGGACCGCAGGGGACCUGCUUAAGGGGAAUGAAGCACACUUGUUACACAGAAAUACCCUAAUGAAAUAUUUCACAAAUGUAGAACAGUUAUAGUUUAUUUUUAUACAGUGCUCUUCAUUGAGUUUCAGGCCAUAACAAGUUCAGAGUCAAUAUGGUAUGACAUACUUUACAAAUUCUUAAUUAAGAAAUGCAGCCGCAUAAAGACACGGAUUAGUUUAAAGGCACAGUAACACCAAGCAGUCCCAAACUGAUUAACAGCAAUGAAUCCUGAAAAUAUCCGUCCAUUGACGUCAUCACUGAGCUACGACCAGUUAACUUUUCAUUGUGAUCAAGACAAUGCUUCAAGAUCCAGGGCAAUGUUUCACCAAAAUCUCAUUAUUUCAUUGACAAAGUUGUUCAUUUUGAGAACUGCUUAGGGCCGUAUUGAUCCCAUUUUCAGUGUGCAUAUGGAUGUUCAUGAUGACAAUUAAACACAGAAAUCAAUAUCAAUAUGGGUUACUUCACCAUUAGAAAAAGCAAGAUUGCAAUGUUAAGUGCAAAACAUUUCAUUUGUCUUUAAUGUCAGUGUUCUAAGAAUUAUGUUAAUUUAAAACUUGUGUCAUUUGAAGCAGAUUCUUGUUCUGUCCCUUUAUAUUUAUGAGCGAGAAAGAGAUUAUUCUAUUCGAUUAUAUUGGCUUAUGUAUUUGUGGGUAACAUCUUUUCAACAUAAUAAAUUAUAUACAUUAUGCAAACAGUUAUAAUAUUAUUUUAUACAUUAUGAAGACAAACGCAUGUGAAAGAGCAAAAAAAUGGGUCUGUUCAGCCUGUGGCCUAAAGCCUGGUUCACCCUUCGACAGCUCGUUCAGGUCUGAGGUGUAAAUGUUGGUCCAGGGUGAAUGGUACACAAACAAUGAGAUCUUGAAAGAAUACUACAGAAAAGUACUUUAAGAGGAGCCACAAAUACACCUCAAUGUAGCAUACAUGUCGUUUUUUUAUUUUGCUGAAGAUAAAAAAGAAGCAAAGCCAGGCUUGGAUAAACAUCUGGGCAUUUGCAACAGGCUGUAAUAAUAAAAAAAAAAUGGAGAGAAGGGCGUCAGACCAAAUGUACGUUAAUGUGUGCGCAGCCAUGAAGCAACGUGUUCAGCAUCCAGUUUGGCUUGGGUUGUGUCUUUGGAUGUAACGUUGGACUGACUUCCAGUAUACAUGUUAUGGACCAGUUAGGAAUCAUCCCAAGUGUUUCCUAAUGUAGCAACCUAUGUAUGUUACAUAAUAAAAGUUAUCAUCUCUGUUUAUACCGUAUGUUCUAUGAAUAUUUUCAAAUAAAGAUUAAUAUAAAACUGG